GCACACAUCAGGCACCUUCAGGGGAGAGCCUUGAGGAACGCUGUAACAAGAUCCUGAGGAACAUGGAGGCCUCUCUGACAGCCCGGGAUCGCGUGGGCAUCCAGGAUUUUGUUCUCCUUGACCCCCACACGAGCGAGAGUGCCUUCCUGGACAAUCUGAGGAAACGCUUCCAUGAGAAUCUCAUCUAUACCUACAUCGGGACUCUGCUGGUGUCGGUCAACCCAUAUAAAGAGUUAGACAUCUACAGCAAGAAGCAGAUGGACACCUACAUGGGGGUCAAUUUCUUUGAGCUCCCACCUCACAUAUAUGCUCUGGCAGACAAUGUCUUCCGCACAAUGCAGUCUGAGUUCAACAACCACUUCAUCUUGAUCUCAGGGGAGAGUGGAGCCGGCAAGACCGAGGCCUCCAAGAAAAUCCUGCAGUUCUACGCCGUCAGCUGUCCAAGUACCAAACUCCUGAACAACGUCCGGGACAGACUCCUCCUGUCCAACCCGGUGCUUGAGGCUUUCGGAAAUGCCAAAACCCUAAAGAAUGACAACUCGAGCCGCUUUGGGAAAUACAUGGACAUCCAGUUCGACCAUCAGGGUGGUGCAGUAGGCGGGCACAUCCUGAGCUAUCUUCUGGAGAAGUCCCGUGUGGUGCACCAGAACCACGGGGAGAGAAACUUCCACAUCUUCUAUCAGCUGGUGGAGGGAGGGGAGGAGGAUCUACUGCGCUGGCUCGGCUUAGAGAGGAACUGCAAGAACUACAGUUAUUUAGUGCAGGGUGACUGCGCCAAAGUAAGCUCCAUCAAUGAUAAGAGUGACUGGAAGAUGGUGCGCAAAGCCCUCUCUGUCAUAGAGUUCAGUGAGUGUGAUGUUGAGAACCUGUUUGGAAUAAUUGCCAGUGUGCUCCAUCUGGGUAACAUCAAAUUUGCAGCGGAUGGUCGAGGGUAUGCUACUCUGAGCAACAACCAGGAGAUGCACUGGGUGUCCAAGUUGUUGGGGAUUCCUGCUCAGGUGCUACAACAGGGCUUAACCCACAGGAAGAUUGAAGCCAAAUCAGAGGAGGUGUUCAGUCCUUUCUCUGUGGACCAUGCAGUUUAUGCCAGGGAUGCUAUCGCCAAAGCCAUCUAUGGUCGUACUUUCAACUGGCUGGUCAACAAGAUCAAUGAAUCUUUAGCAAACAAGGAUUCAUCCAGGAAAACAGUGAUCGGUUUGCUGGACAUCUAUGGUUUCGAGGUUUUCAACGUGAACAGCUUUGAGCAGUUUUGCAUCAACUACUGCAACGAGAAGCUGCAGCAGCUUUUCAUUGAGCUGACCCUCAAGUCAGAGCAGGAGGAGUACGAGAUGGAAGGGAUCGAGUGGGAACCAGUGCCAUACUUCAACAAUAAAAUAAUCUGUGAUCUUGUGGAGGAGAAACACAGAGGAAUCAUCUCUUUGUUGGAUGAAGAAUGUUUACGUCCUGGAGAAGCCACAGACCUCACCCUCCUUGAGAAGAUGGAGGAAAAAAUUGGCGGUCACCCUCAUUUUGUAACGCACAAGCUUGCAGACCAAAAGACAAGGAAAACGCUAGAGAGGGGAGACUUCCGCCUCUUGCACUACGCUGGAGAAGUCACGUACUGUGUCAUCGGUUUCUUGGACAAAAACAAUGAUCUCUUGUAUCGAAAUGGGAAGGAGGUCAUGCGCCAGUCUAAGAACGCUAUAAUCAAACACUGUUUCCCUUCUACUGAACCAGACAGCAAGAAGAGGCCUGAAACUGUGGUGACUCAGUUUAAGAACAGCCUGGUAGGCUUGACUGAGAUCUUGAUGUCUAAAGAGCCGUGGUACGUCCGCUGCAUCAAACCAAAUGAAGCUAAACAGCCAGGUCGCUUUAAUGACGUGUUGAUCAGACAUCAGGUGAAGUACCUGGGGCUGAUGGAGCACCUGAGAGUCAGACGUGCUGGGUUUGCUUACCGCCGCAAAUAUGAAAUAUUUCUCCAGAGGUACAAGCCUCUAUGUCCUGACACCUGGCCAAAAUGGAAAGGUACGGCAGCAGAGGGUGUGCUGUGUCUGAUCAAACACCUUGGCUACCAACCUGAUGAGUACAAGAUGGGCAGGACGAAAAUCUUCAUCCGGCACCCAAGAACUCUGUUUGCAACUGAGGAUGCAUUUCAGGUCUGCAAGCACAAGCUAGCAACAAGGAUUCAGGCCAAGUACAAAGGCUACAGGGUGAAAGGAGACUUUCUGAAGCAGAGAGAGGCUGCCACAAAGAUCGAGAACUGCUGGAGAGGUCUGAUGGCCAGAAAGGAGCGUGAGAGGAGGGCGUGGGCUGUCAAGGUCAUCAAGAAGUUCAUUAAAGGUUUCAUGACCAGAAAUCAGCCUGCCUGCACUGAUAACAGUGAGUACCUGGCGUACGUGAGGCAGAACUACCUCACACGGCUGAAAGAAAACCUCCCAAAAACAGUCCUGGAGAAAGACUGCUGGCCCACACCUCCACCUAUAAUGCAGGAGGCCUCCCAGCUUUUAAAGAAGCUCUACAUUCGCCACAUGGUGAGGAAGUACGUCAGAGGAAUCAAUGCACAGAAGAAAGCACAGCUUCUGAUGAAAGAACAGACGAGCUCCAUGUUCAAAGGAAAGAAGGAAAACUACCCCUUCAGUGUGUGCAGACCGUUUGUGGACACCAGGAUAGGUUCAGAGGACAUCAGCAUCAAAGUGCUCCAGAUGAUCCGGCACGAGCACAUCAAGUACAGCGUUCCUGUGGUGAAGUACGACAGGAACGGGUUCAGGCCUCGUCUACGGCAGCUCAUCUUCACUCAGGAGGCGGCUUACCUGGUCGAGGAGACCAAGAUCAAGCAGCGGAUCGAUUACAGCUCCCUGAAAGGUAUCUCUGUCAGCAACCUAAGUGACAACUUCCUGAUCUUUCAUGUCACAUUUGAUGACAUCAAGCAGAAGGGAGAUCUGGUGCUGCAGUGUGAGUACCUGUUUGAGGCCCUGACUAAGCUCAGUGUUAUUGCCAACAAGCAGAACUGCAUUAAGGUGGUCCAGGGCAGCGUGCGGUUCGACAUCCAGCCUGGCAGGGAGGGGUUUGUGGACUUCAAGAGUGGUCAGGAGUCCAUGGUUUACAGAGCGAAGAACGGCCAUCUGAUGGUGGAGUCUACUCGAUCGAAGUCCAGGUGAUGCUGUUGGUGAUUUGUGCUGCAGGUUCUAGUAACAGCCGUCUGUGUUCCGUCCUGCCUCAUGGUUGUUGCCAAUUUGUUUUACAUUACCCUUUUUUAUGCAGCUUGAUGGCAAAAUUAUCGAACCAUACACAAGCACUGCCAACAUAUGAGCUGUAGAGAGCAGACAACAAGCCCACAGAGGAGAAUCGCCAGAAUCAGUCUGCUGGUCUCUGAUUGGUCAGAGACACAUAAAAAUGAAGCACCCUCCUUAUCAGUAGAAGCACUUGUAGUCUCAUUUUUGUAUUAGACCCGAUUGAUGUUAAAAAUAGAAAAGAUGAAAGAAUUACAUCCUGUUUGUGUGGCUAGUGAAGGUAACUGUUGUACCUGACUCAUGUUGUACUGGCACAUUAAAACAUU